AUGGCGGGCAGAAUGAACUCUUACUCAACUGGACCUUCUUUGAAAGAACGUAUCAGAGCCUUAUACAACUUUAGCGAAACUUUUGAGGCUUUCGCCCCGUUUCCACAAGCCUUGGUCCAUGAGAGAUUUUUCAAAGCAAAGGGAAUGGCGAUUGCAUAUGUUGAAAGCGAGGUCUAUAAACAUCAGCGAGCUGUUGAGACGUAUCUCAGAGAAAGUCUCGAAUCCAAAGACUCUGAACCGGACGAGACUGUAUAUACGCAGACAAUGAACUUGUUUGUCCGUGAUGUGUUACGCCAUGAUCAAUUAACCGAAGGGGGUCGGAAAAUGUGGAAAGCUCGAUCGCCGUCAGCUCUCGCCAUGCGUCAGUACCGCUGGCUCAGCCGUGUAAACGAGCCAGGCGUGCGUGCCGCAAACGGCGAACUAGCCUCAAAGUAUGGCGAUAUGGGCAAAAUGAGACCGUCCGAUCUUGCCACCAUGUUCCAUGAAGACCUUGCGCCUAUGGAGCAGUUUGUCUUGCGAAUGGCAAAUCCGGUAUGGCAUUACCUGGUCAAUCCCUAUAAGGAUCUCUCCAAUAAGUUCUCUGAGAGACUCAUAUCACUUCUACCGAUACAUAGAGUUGCAGAUUACAACCAAGAGGGUUACGAGGAUAGUGUGGCGAAGGAAACGCUCGAAGCUGUAGCGAAUGUCCUUGUGUACAUGCUGUUGACGCUAAUCUUGGUUGCUCCCAUUGCGAUUUUCAACACUGUGGAAUCCCAAAAGGUCCGGAUCGCGGUCAUGCCGUUCUGCUGUCUGCUUCUCAUCUCGUCAGCACAUCGUAUGGGAGAAAAGCCUAUGCUCAUGGCCACACUUGCAACCGCGUAA